UAUUGUUUAAGUGUUAUAAUCUUAUCACCCGUCGCUAAUUGAUUUCGCACGGUAUAUAAGAUGCUGCGAAACACAAUCAAGAAUCCUUAUUCACUGAUCAAUACUCCUGGGAAGUCUACAAUUUCCAAAAUGAAGUUCGCUCUGUCGUUACUGGCUGUUCUGGCCCUAGUCGGCUCCCUGAAAGCCUACAAAAUUCCAAGCACAGGCUCAGCUCUUCUCGCCAAAGAAUUUCAGGAUUUCUUGGGUCUGGUACCACAGGAUCGUGUGAUGGCCAUUCUUAGAGCCUACGCGGCACAAGACAAGCAGUUCCAAACUGUCAUGAAACUCGUGGACUCCCAGGAAACGAAACUGUACAUCCAAGAAGUGGAAGCAUACGCCCCGAUGAGGGAUCUGUUGGCGUACACACAGAGAGAUGGUCUCGACAUCUAUUUAAUGGUGAACAGACUGAACGCGGCUCUUAAACUUAAACCCUUCGUUCCUCUUGCUUCCUUGAAGAUCACUGGUGGACUUCGCGGUCUUUACAAAGACAUCGAGGCUGUGUUGCCUGUCCAAAAGAUGAAGGAUUUGUUCGAUUAUAAAAUGAAGAAACCGACAGAAUUGUUUUUCUUUAUGCACGAAUUGAUGUCUUCUAGAUACUUCAAAUUGGCCAAUUUUAUUCACACAAACCAACACUUGUUAAACAUAGCGCAGCAGGCCAAACAAGCUGGCAUCGAUAGUACCCUUAUUGAAAAGGACUACUUGUACUUUAUUAUUGCUAGAGUACUUCUGAACCAUUAAAUUCUCUUCCAGUUGUUAUUCUUGUAAUUUUCUAACUGUAUUUUGGUGUUUCUAUAUCGUUAAUAUGUAACAAGAAUAUUUUCUAUAGCUUAAUGCAUCGAAUGAGGAUGUUAAGUAUAUUGAUAAAUAAAAAAAUAAUGACCGUGUUA